AUGGCACCCAACCAUGUCCAGAUUACCGAUCGUGAUUCACCCGCGGAGUACCGUAGGGCGAUAGAUGCUCUACGCGCUGUUCAAAGGACACAUAACGUUGAUCUGACCGCCCUUAUUGAGAUCUUGCAUCUGUUCGUGCGCGUGUCAGGUAAUCAGGUGCUGCGACCUCGCGCGCCUGACUAUCCCAAUAAGGUUCUACUUGAGGACCAGAUUACUCUGGCGAUCGAGUUGCUUGAUGCGAAGACUCUGCAGUGGCAAGUGGUCGCGGGGGUCCUUCCUGUUAUCAUUACACUGUACGAGCUUUACAGUAUGCGCGUCGACGCCAUCUCCGUCUACAAUGCCCAAUUUCCCACCACUCCUGGUGUAAUUUAUCCCCCUGCCAGCAUCAACUCGAACGUCCCUGCGUCAGAGCUGUACGCCGCCGAAGAUCGCGUCAGGAUCCUGCGUCCCAUAGAUGCCAUUGUUGACGGCUUCUACGACGCCCUGAGGGGCGGGGUGCUCGACGAUGCAGUGCGUGUGUACAUUGUCGACUUCGCAUAUCGGAUAGUUUCGCACUAUGGCCCAGCUCAGGAGUAA